AUGUCAGACUUUGAGAUCGACAGGAAAGCUUUGCAGGAUCGUAUCACCUCUCUCACAGCAGAGAUGGUCCUCAAGGAUCAGUCCUCUGUGGGGGAAAUUACCGAAAUAACCAAAGACUACACCUUAAAGGUCAGUUCUCUUCAGGAGCAGAUGGAGGGGCUGCAGCAGUCCUUGAUAGAUAAAGACAAAAUUAUUACGACAAAUCAAAGUCUGAUGUCAGACUUUGAGAUUGACAGGAAAGCUUUGCAGGAUCGUAUCACCUCUCUCACAGAAGAGAUGGUCCUCAAGGAUCAGUCCUCUGUGGGGGAAAUUACCGAAAUAACCAAAGACUACACCUUAAAGGUCAGUUCUCUUCAGGAGCAGAUGGAGGGGCUGCAGCAGUCCUUGAUAGAUAAAGACAAAAUUAUUACGACAAAUCAAAGUCUGAUGUCAGACUUUGAGAUUGACAGGAAAGCUUUGCAGGAUCGUAUCACCUCUCUCACAGAAGAGAUGGUCCUCAAGGAUCAGUCCUCUGUGGGGGAAAUUACCGAAAUAACCAAAGACUACACCUUAAAGGUCAGUUCUCUUCAGGAGCAGAUGGAGGGGCUGCAGCAGUCCUUGAUAGAUAAAGACAAAAUUAUUACGACAAAUCAAAGUCUGAUGUCAGACUUUGAGAUCGACAGGAAAGCUUUGCAGGAUCGUAUCACCUCUCUCACAGAAGAGAUGGUCCUCAAGGAUCAGUCCUCUGUGGGGGAAAUUACCGAAAUAACCAAAGACUACACCUUAAAGGUCAGUUCUCUUCAGGAGCAGAUGGAGGGGCUGCAGCAGUCCUUGAUAGAUAAAGACAAAAUUAUUACGACAAAUCAAAGUCUGAUGUCAGACUUUGAGAUCGACAGGAAAGCUUUGCAGGAUCGUAUCACCUCUCUCACAGCAGAGAUGGUCCUCAAGGAUCAGUCCUCUGUGGGGGAAAUUACCGAAAUAACCAAAGACUACACCUUAAAGGUCAGUUCUCUUCAGGAGCAGAUGGAGGGGCUGCAGCAGUCCUUGAUAGAUAAAGACAAAAUUAUUACGACAAAUCAAAGUCUGAUGUCAGACUUUGAGAUCGACAGGAAAGCUUUGCAGGAUCGUAUCACCUCUCUCACAGCAAGAGAUGGUCCUCAAGGAUCAGUCCUCUGUGGGGGAAAUUACCGAAAUAACCAAAGACUACACCUUAAAGGAUCGUAUCACCUCUCUCACAGAGAGAUGGUCCUCAAGGAUCAGUCCUCUGUGGGGGAAAUUACCGAAAUAACCAAAGACUACACCUUAAAGGUCAGUUCUCUUCAGGAGCAGAUGGAGGGGCUGCAGCAGUCCUUGAUAGAUAAAGACAAAAUUAUUACGACAAAUCAAAGUCUGAUGUCAGACUUUGAGAUCGACAGGAAAGCUUUGCAGGAUCGUAUCACCUCUCUCACAGAAGAGAUGGUCCUCAAGGAUCAGUCCUCUGUGGGGGAAAUUACCGAAAUAACCAAAGACUACACCUUAAAGGUCAGUUCUCUUCAGGAGCAGAUGGAGGGGCUGCAGCAGUCCUUGAUAGAUAAAGACAAAAUUAUUACGACAAAUCAAAGUCUGAUGUCAGACUUUGAGAUUGACAGGAAAGCUUUGCAGGAUCGUAUCACCUCUCUCACAGAAGAGAUGGUCCUCAAGGAUCAGUCCUCUGUGGGGGAAAUUACCGAAAUAACCAAAGACUACACCUUAAAGGUCAGUUCUCUUCAGGAGCAGAUGGAGGGGCUGCAGCAGUCCUUGAUAGAUAAAGACAAAAUUAUUACGACAAAUCAAAGUCUGAUGUCAGACUUUGAGAUCGACAGGAAAGCUUUGCAGGAUCGUAUCACCUCUCUCACAGAAGAGAUGGUCCUCAAGGAUCAGUCCUCUGUGGGGGAAAUUACCGAAAUAACCAAAGACUACACCUUAAAGGUCAGUUCUCUUCAGGAGCAGAUGGAGGGGCUGCAGCAGUCCUUGAUAGAUAAAGACAAAAUUAUUACGACAAAUCAAAGUCUGAUGUCAGACUUUGAGAUUGACAGGAAAGCUUUGCAGGAUCGUAUCACCUCUCUCACAGCAGAGAUGGUCCUCAAGGAUCAGUCCUCUGUGGGGGAAAUUACCGAAAUAACCAAAGACUACACCUUAAAGGUCAGUUCUCUUCAGGAGCAGAUGGAGGGGCUGCAGCAGUCCUUGAUAGAUAAAGACAAAAUUAUUACGACAAAUCAAAGUCUGAUGUCAGACUUUGAGAUCGACAGGAAAGCUUUGCAGGAUCGUAUCACCUCUCUCACAGAAGAGAUGGUCCUCAAGGAUCAGUCCUCUGUGGGGGAAAUUACCGAAAUAACCAAAGACUACACCUUAAAGGUCAGUUCUCUUCAGGAGCAGAUGGAGGGGCUGCAGCAGUCCUUGAUAGAUAAAGACAAAAUUAUUACGACAAAUCAAAGUCUGAUGUCAGACUUUGAGAUCGACAGGAAAGCUUUGCAGGAUCGUAUCACCUCUCUCACAGAAGAGAUGGUCCUCAAGGAUCAGUCCUCUGUGGGGGAAAUUACCGAAAUAACCAAAGACUACACCUUAAAGGUCAGUUCUCUUCAGGAGCAGAUGGAGGGGCUGCAGCAGUCCUUGAUAGAUAAAGACAAAAUUAUUACGACAAAUCAAAGUCUGAUGUCAGACUUUGAGAUCGACAGGAAAGCUUUGCAGGAUCGUAUCACCUCUCUCACAGAAGAGAUGGUCCUCAAGGAUCAGUCCUCUGUGGGGGAAAUUACCGAAAUAACCAAAGACUACACCUUAAAGGUCAGUUCUCUUCAGGAGCAGAUGGAGGGGCUGCAGCAGUCCUUGAUAGAUAAAGACAAAAUUAUUACGACAAAUCAAAGUCUGAUGUCAGACUUUGAGAUCGACAGGAAAGCUUUGCAGGAUCGUAUCACCUCUCUCACAGAAGAGAUGGUCCUCAAGGAUCAGUCCUCUGUGGGGGAAAUUACCGAAAUAACCAAAGACUACACCUUAAAGGUCAGUUCUCUUCAGGAGCAGAUGGAGGGCUGCAGCAGUCCUUGA